AUGCCAGUACCUUCAAGUGCGUACGGGCAACAGCAUGGUGCCCCGAGCUGCUUCGAUCGGGUGAAAAUUGGGUUUAUGAUGGGAUUCUGUGUUGGAAUGGCUUCAGGGGCAAUCUUUGGAGGAUUUUCUGCUCUCAGGUAUGGACUUCGAGGAAGAGAACUGUUCUCGACGGUGGGAAAAACAAUGGUCCAGGGCGGUGGUACCUUCGGCACAUUUAUGGCAAUAGGUACUGGUAUUCGGUGCUGA